ACCAUGACCAUGAUAAAACAUGUCUUGCUCCUUCUAAUAGAGAUUUUAUUGCUUAUAUUGAAAGUUCUAUAUUAUAUUUGCAAAGAUGUAUACAAAUUAAUUAUUCCAACAAAGAAAAAGUGCGUAGCUGGUGAAAUCGUUUUGAUAACAGGUACAGGUCAUGGUAUUGGAAAAGAAUUAGCUAUUGGUUAUGCUUCAUUAGGAGCAACGGUAGUAUGUUGGGACAUCAAUGAAGAAACUAACAAUAAAACAAUGGAGGAUAUUAAAAAAACAGGAAGAGAUUCUGUGUAUGCAUAUCGAUGUAAUGUAACAGAUAGGGAAGAAGUUUUAAGAAUAGCCAAAAAAGUAAAAGAAGAAGUUGGUGACGUUACUAUUUUGAUUAACAAUGCUGGUAUAGUGUUUGUUAAAUCAUUUCUGAAUCAAAGUCCUGAUGAAAUUGCACGAGUCAUAGACGUCAAUGUGACAGCGCAUUAUUGGACAUUGAAAGCAUUCUUACCUAAUAUGAUCAAAAAGAAUUACGGUCAUAUUGUAGCGAUUUCAUCAAUAGCAGGAUUCUUUACCGGUUCUUAUGGAACGGUUUACUGCCCUUCAAAAUUCGCAGUUAAAGCAAUUAUGGAAACUUUAUCGAAAGAAUUACAUGUAUUGAGUAACGGAAAGUCAUCGAUUAAAUUUACAACUAUUUAUCCGAGCUUCGUACGUACCGGAUUUAGUAAAACACCAAAAAUUAGGUAA